AUGGCUGUCAAAUUUCAGUUCUUGGUACUCUCGUGCUUGGUGGCAGUAGCCAGCGCUGCCGUGGCCCCCGCCCCUUUCACCUACCACGGAGCCCCGGUUGCGUACAAUGCUCCCAUCACCAAAUACGCCUCUGUACCCGUAAGUCAGACCGAUGAAGAUUACGACGCUCAUCCUCAGUACAGCUUUUCGUAUGAUAUCCAUGACGCCGUCACUGGAGAUACUAAGUCACAACACGAGACUCGCGACGGCGACAUCGUUCAAGGAUCUUACUCCGUCGUCGAUCCUGAUGGCACGCAACGUACGGUCGACUACACUGCUGACCCUCAAAAUGGAUUCAACGCAGUAGUACACAAGCAGCCAUUAGGGGUGAAGGUAGCCACAGUUGCCAAAGUCUCAGCCCCAGUUGCGUAUCACGCUCCGUCCGUGGUGCAUGCGUCUCCUGUGACUUAUCACGCCACCCCAGUGGCUUAUCACACCGCUCCCGUAGUUCACGCCGCGCCAGUCGUCCACGCAUCUCCCUUCGCUUAUUCCGGUCCCAUCUAUCACCACUAA